CCUCCUAUUUUUUUUUAUAUAAACUCUUCUUCACCUCUCCUUUCCUAUCACAAAUAUCAUUUCCCCUCUUUUCUUCAUCUCUCCAACAAUAAUGGCGUUCUCAAAACCCUCCUAUUUCUCUUUACUUCUUCUCUUCUCCCUUCUUUCUCUCUCCUUCGCCAUGGAUAUGUCGAUCAUCUCCUACGAUCGCAACCACAAUCUCGCCUCCUCGUCGGGUAGAUCCGACGCUGAAGUGAUGCUAAUAUAUGAAACAUGGCUAGUCAAACACAAGAAAAAUUACAAUGCUUUGGGAGAAAAAGAGAAGAGAUUUGAGAUUUUUAAGGAUAAUCUAAAGUUGAUUGACCAGCAUAAUUCUGACGAGUCACAAACGUUUAAAUUAGGGCUUAAUAAGUUUGCUGAUUUGACUAAUGAUGAGUUUAGAUCUAUUUAUUUGGGGAAGAAGACGAAGAAAGCUUCGAUGAGAUUGUUGUCUAAGAUGAAGAUGAAGAGUGAUCGGUAUGCCGUUAAGGAAGGUGAUCAAUUGCCAGAGUCUGUUGAUUGGAGAGAGAAAGGUGCUGUUGCUUCCGUCAAAGAUCAAGGGGCGUGUGGGAGUUGUUGGGCAUUCUCUGCAAUUGCUGCUGUGGAAGGAAUAAAUCAGAUUGUCACCGGAGAUUUGGUGGCUUUGUCUGAGCAAGAGCUUGUUGAUUGUGACACUUCUUACAAUUCUGGAUGUGAUGGUGGUCUUAUGGACUACGCAUUUGAGUUCAUCAUCAACAAUGGUGGUAUCGAUACUGAAGCAGACUAUCCUUACAAACAAAAGGAUGGCACUUGUGAUCAGGCUAAGAAAAAUGCCAAGGUCGUUACAAUUGAUGGAUAUGAAGAUGUUCCUGAGAAUGAUGAAAAGGCAUUGCAGAAGGCAGUUGCUCACCAGCCAGUAAGUGUUGCCAUUGAAGCCGGUGGCUAUGCCUUCCAGUUGUAUCAAUCGGGUGUUUUCACUGGAAGAUGUGGAACAGAUGUGGAUCAUGGUGUUACAGCUGUUGGUUAUGGCACUGAGGAUGGCAAGGACUACUGGCUUGUGAGGAAUUCAUGGGGCGCUGACUGGGGAGAGAACGGUUACAUAAGGAUGGAGAGGAAUGUUAAGGGUUUGAGAUCAGGUAAAUGUGGUAUUGCCAUAGAGGCCUCUUAUCCAGUCAAAACCGGAGAUAACCCUCCUAACCCAGGCCCUACUCCACCAUCUCCGCCAUCACCCACUGUAACUUGUGAUUCAUACUACUCAUGCCCUUCUGCUACCACCUGCUGCUGUGUCUUUGAAUAUGGUUCUUACUGCUUUUCCUGGGGUUGUUGCCCAUUGGAGUCUGCUGUCUGCUGUGCUGACCACUCUAGCUGCUGUCCCCAUGACUAUCCCGUCUGCAACAUCAGAAGGGGUACCUGCAACAAGAGCAAGAACAGCCCGUUGAGUGUUAAAGCAUUGAAGCGGACUCCAGCAACCCUCCAUGCAACAUUCGGCCUUUUCUAAGCACCUAACAUUGCAGCUAAAAUAGAUUUCUCGACUUUGUCAUUAAUCAGAUGAUGCUGGAGGACUACUGCUGCUCAAGUUGGCUUCUCGUAUCAAGGAAAAGUCGUAUUCUUCACCAUGCAUCAUUUCCUUCUGCUUGGUGGUUUUGUAUAUAUGCUCUAAAUCGCACUAAGAAACUUUAUGGGAAUUAAUCCAUGUUAAAGACAUGGGAAUUGGAAUAUUGCACAUUCGCUUUAAGUAAUUACUGAUUUGUGUAUACAGUUUCACCUAUAUUCAGUUAUUAUGAAUUACUGAUUCGAUCUGCUACUAAGAA